UUACCAAAAUGUGACAAUGGGGUUGUACAAAUCUACUGAGAGAGGGGAAUGAGCCGUGUUUUGUUGCUACUCACUAUUCAGUGUGAGGCACUACAAAUGGGCUCACGCAAGCACUGUCCUGGUGGAAGUCUGUUUUGGGAGUACCGAAAAGCCUUCUCUUUGUUGAGAUCAUAGCCGACUCACCUCCCGCCUCCAGAUCUCCUCUCCUUUUUUUUUCUUCAUACGGCAAGUGAUGAAUCUAUUUUUUCCAGAUCACAUGAGCCAAAAUGUGGGGGAAUCCUCUAAGGAGCAGAGACUUGUUUGAAGGUGAUCAGAAAGAGAUAUGGAGUGAAAGGCUUGAGGACUUCAUAAGGGGAUGAACUCUCAGGCAGAACGGAAAGCUUUCAUGCAAGUGAAUUGUCCUCAGGAAGCUACCAGAGAUAUGACUGAAGAAAGUGUCACCAGGAAGUUCAGUGCCCCAAUCCAAACAUACUUCUGUUUCGCCAUCAUUUCUCUCACAAUCUGCCUUCUUGCAUCUUUGGGAACCAUUGUGGUCUUGGUACUUCAAAGGACGGGAUCUACGGCCGAGUACGAUGGACACCAAGGAAGAGAGAAAUGUGUGCCAUGGAAAAUAUCAGCAGAGGCUUUGAAAGGUCUGCAGACAAUGGCAUCUGAGAAAGCAGCUGCAUAUCUUCAAGUGCUUAGGCCAAUCAACCAGUCAGAACUGCGAUGGAUUAAUGAGGGCAUCCUGUACAACAUUCACUACAACCAUGGAAGGCUGGUGAUCCAGACACCUGGAAUGUACUUCAUCUAUUGUCAUUUGCACUUUUACAUUGCCGAGUGCAAAGGUGGGGAAAUCACCAUAAAGUUGGAGAUUCUUGUGAACACAUCUGUGGCAAGGUCAACUUUGCUCACUUUGUGCAGCUCUCAGAAAACUUUCAGAGACAAAAGACAAGACCUCUUUGUAACUUUACUGGCAGAAUUGAAGAAGGGGAAUACAAUAGGAGUACAGGUCAAUGACUUCAGAUAUGUGGAUGUAUCUGACUUUCCUGAAAACAAUGUUUUUGGAGCCUUCAAGUACACUGGUGAAAACUGGAGGUACUCUUUGUUCAGGACAGAAGAUGAAAAAUGACUUUAAUUGUUCUAAAUAAAGUAUAUGUAUACUGAGGGCCUGUCAUUUGAGAUGUGCCAAAUUCAGUCCCUCUUGAAGGGACUAUGGAACAUUUGGUGGCUAUUAUGCAGAGAACAGUGGAGGCUGGUCCACUAAGACAAACAGGGCACUGCCCCAUCAACAUCAAUCUGCCCUUAGCCAGCCUGCCCUUGCCUGCCUUCUUCUUUGCAACCAGACAAGGGUUGACCCUGGCUUCCAGCUUCAUAGUGUUAUCCUGGUAGAACUCAAAGGGGAGGAGGAUGGGGACAAAACGAGAAUUAGUUGACUCCACCUGUCAUUGGCUCUGGAUCUGGAUCUGUCUUCUGCCCUCCCUCCCAGUCCCUUUGGGCACCACUCACCAAUGGCAGAAAGUGGGGUGUGAAAUACACAUACACACACAAAGAAACAAACCUGUUAUUGCUGCAGAAA